CCACUCGCUUGGACCCUUCUGCGCCGUCAAUGGCCAGUGGACUACAACCUGUACCAAUCUAUGUGCAUAUUCGAUUUAACCGGCAAAUACACAGACGCUGAUCAAUCUAAAAUAUAGCUUUCAUUAGUGCGACAAUAAACAUAUUGCUACUUGCGUUCGACCCGAUGACGUACCAUAUCGCACGCGAAGAAUCGGCGAGGCGUCAAGGCGUAGAUAGGCGAUCGACUACCGAGUACCGACCGUCUACUCACUGUCACCGUUUCCAAAUUGACUUUUGCCUUCCCAGUAACAGAUGGCGCCACCGCCCUCUAUUACACACACACUCACUGGUGACUGCAGCUCUACGACUCUUCAUUUCGUUAGAUUCAUCAAAUCAGCUGCGAAUUGUGUCUAAGUGAACAUUUGCGCUAGCAUAAGCGAGUAAGUGGUUAAAAUAAACGUAAAAAAGAGGACAUAGUGAAUGAUGCGAGUGAUCGAAAAUGCAUUAGGAAUUGAAUCAAUCAUGCUCGGUCUUGACAUCUCAUACUCAAGAACCACAGCUUCGUCCGACGCAUCGGAAGCUUUUACGGCAAUCUAAGGAUUUCCUCAAAGCUCGAUUCACGGCAACGACGACGGCCGUUAAUUAUAUACUACUUUGAGGUUAUGUUGUUUAUGAUUGUCAUUUACCAGUUUUGCUUAAACUCCGAAAACGCACAACAAUUUGGCACUUGCUAAAAGAACGGACAAAUAAAACAAGAUUAUUGCUAAAUUUUAGGUAACAUAAAAUAAUAAUUUCAACUCAUCGACAAUUUAUUUGUAUUCAAUAAUCGUUCUUCGAUAAGCGACGAUUAUAUCCAAAGUCAAGACAACAUCGUCUCGAGCAUUUUAUUGCCUUAUGCAAGUGUUGCAAUGAUCCUAUGCAAACUGAACUAAAUAGCAUUUGUUUAGGGUCUAGACAUAUUGUUGACUAGCCCUCAUGACAAUAACUUCGGAAACAAGAAGAUUCAAAGCAGAGCGCAGUAGCUACCAGUAGCGCAGCUUUUCGUUUCUUCAGGAGAUUUGAGAUCACAAUGAUGACCGAAUGCGAUCGACAGAUGAGGAUAGCAGCUGACGAUCGCCAGAUUCGCACGGCCGCAGAGUCACUAUUGAAUGCAUCGAUCAAUUCCGGCAGAAGCAGCUACGCUCAGAACUUAAGGAGUCCGGAUUACGUGAAUGAGGCGUUUGUAGCAGGCUUGCGUUACAAUGGCAGAAUGUCCAAUGUUCGCCGAUUUUUCUGCCUCUUUGUUACCUUUGACUUUCUCUUUACGAUUCUCAUGUGGCUAAUAUGUAUAAUGAUCUCCGGCAAAAGUGUUCAGACCUCUUUCGUGGAUCAGAUCGUCCAUUACAACGUCAAAACCUCGCUUUUUGACAUAGUUAUGACUGCAGCUUGUAGAUUUACAAUCCUCCUGUUAUUUUAUGCAUUACUGCACAUCAAUCAUUGGUUUGUCGUAGCAGCAUCUACGACGUUGACCUGUGCCUUUUUGCUGACUAAAGUCUUUCUUUAUGACUGGUCCAAACCCAGUCAGCCAGUGUUUGAAGUUCUACUUGUUCUUACGUCAUUUGUGCUGGUAUGGAGCGAAGUUUGGUUUUUAGAUAUAAAAGUGAUUCCACAAGAAUCUCAAGCACGAGAUUGGUUUUUGGGGUUUCCAGAUACUGAAAGAGCACCACUUCUUAGCCCCAGCUCAGUAGUGCCAGCUUUUAUGCCGGUGGAAAACGCUGGAUCUUUCUAUACGCCUAUGGAUUCACCUGACCAUUCUGACGACGAGGGUCAAAGCCAUAGGAGAAGAAUAGACAGCCAUCCGUCAUUUUUAUCAACCACAAUCGACCUAAAGUUGCCCUUAGAAAAGGUCGAGGAGUGUAAGCGAGAGGCGCCUUUGCUACUGAAGAAAUGCUACGAUCUGAUUGUGUCGCAAGACUGGAAAGUCGAACAAGUGACGGAGGAUGGCGACGUGGUCUCUUGGAUGGUUUUGCCGAAACCCGAUGGGAAAAUUUUCAAAAUUACAGGCAUAGUCGACGCGUCGGCCUCGAAGCUCGCAAGGUCAUUGUACGACAACAUCGAGUCGAGCACCUCGUGGAACCAGCAGAUAGAGGAGUCCAGGAAGAUCUGCGAUAUAGAUAGUAAUACGGAUCUGGUAUAUCAGGCAACAAAACCGUUCGGGAACGGAGCAGUAGCAGCUAGAGAUUUUGUGAUCCUUAGGCACAGGGGCAAGUAUAGCUCGUACUUUAUCAACAGUGGAAUUUCAGUCAACUUCAGCACAGUGCCAAAUCGGAAGAAUUACGUGAGAGGUGUAAACGGAUUGGGCUGCUUUGCGACUUGCAGCGUAGCGAGCGAUCAAGAGGACCGCUGUCAAUUUGUCUGGCUGCUCAACACAAAUCUCAAAGGUUGGAUCCCACAGAAAAUUGUCGAUGUGUCUUUGUCCAUGAUAUUGUCGAACUUCAUGAAGGCACUUAGAUGCCAUGCGCAUACACUGAAAGACUGACAAAACGUGAAUUUGGAAUUGUGGCGUGAAUCGAUUUAUGCAACUGCCAAUUCCAACUUGCGUCAAUCGAGUAAUUUCAAUGCUUUUAUUUUUAUAUGAUCCAUUCAUUCUCUCUCUCUCUCUCACUCGCUCUCUCCCUGUCAAGUGUAUAGAUAGUUGCAUUCACUUUUUUUUCAUUUUUUCAUUAAUCGUAAGAUUUAUUCAUUCGCUCCUGAUUCAACUAUUCUUUUGUAAAAUAUUUAUACGUAGCAAUGGAGUUGAUAUCCUAGUGAGACAUUUUAUUAGCUGUUCUUUUAAUCGAAUUAUUCCGACUUUAUUGACAAAUGAGUAUGUGAUAAAUAAUUUAUUUCUAACUUUUUUUAUAAAAUUGAUUACGAAGGAGGUUGCUCAUUGUCUUUACGUAUACACAUAUGCCUCCGCGCUUAUUUGUACAAAUAUUACAAACAUCAUGAAUUCAAUUCACAAUAGAAUCUUGUACAUUAUUUUAAGAAUUUUUUACCUCUAUACAUAAGAAUACUAAAAAAAUAACAAUAAUGAAUGAACAAAAUUUGUUAUUAAGCAAACGUAUGCUGGAAAAGACAAUUUAAAAUUGAUAUUAUAUUGAUAUUGUAAAAUACGUAAACGUGUGAAGUAUAAUGCGUGGUGAUCUAGUUUAUUUCAAUGAAAUCAAUAGUUUCACUACAAUAAUCCAUCUCUAAUGAAAGUUGUUGGUGCUAGGAAAUAAAAUUGAUUAGAAUUCUAGCCAUAGAGUCAAAUAAUUAAUAUGGAAAUCAUUACAAAAAAAGCGCAAUACAUAUUUCAUUGUACAAUCUGAAACUACGAAUUGGUAUGUAUACGAGAUAAAAUAUCUAGUUCGAACUAAGAAAGUUAAUAGCUUGGAUGGCCGUCAAUUCUAUCAGCAUUCUUUGAAAGCUUCGCUGUAUCAUUUAAAACGAAUAUUAUAAUGUGUCAUUGUAAUCGUAAAUUCUAAGAUACAUAAUGUAAAAUCAAAAUGUAAACUGUGAAUGUGUAAAAAAGUUAUACGAA